CGCCCCGGAACCGCCGCGCUGCAUAACGGCGCAGUGACGCGGCAGGCCGGCCGGUCGCCGGCUGCCGCGCAUGCGCAGAGGCAGCGUCGCCCCUUUCCCUCUUCCGUCUGUCACCUUACGGUUGGCGCUGCCGCACCCGGGACUGGCGGCGGGACCGGCACCGAGGCCGUCCUUUCCUCUCCUCUGCUUCCCGGCGCCCAGCGGGUGUCUCCCAGGGCUCCGGGUGCCGCCCGGCGGCCGUGCCCGCAGCCCCAUGGAGGAGCCGCUGGCCCUGCACCCCGUCAAGCUCUAUGUGUAUGACCUGUCCAAGGGCAUGGCCCGGCGCCUCAGCCCCCUCAUGCUGGGGAAACAGCUGGAUGGCAUCUGGCACACCUCCAUAAUAGUCCACAAGGAUGAGUUCUUCUAUGGCAGUGGAGGAAUCUCCAGCUGUGCACCUGGAGGGACACUUCUUGGCCCACCAGACUCGGUUGUUGACCUGGGAAAUACUGAAGUUACAGAAGAAAUUUUUCUAGAAUAUCUUUCCUCUUUGGGGGAAUCUAUGUUCCGAGGAGAGUCUUACAACCUCUUUGAACAUAACUGCAACACCUUCAGUAACGAAGUGGCACAGUUCCUGACAGGAAGAAAAAUCCCUUCUUACAUCACUGACCUUCCAGCUGAAGUUCUCGCCACACCUUUUGGACAAGCUUUAAGGCCGCUCCUGGACUCCAUCCAGAUCCAGCCACCUGGAGGAAAUACCUUCAGCAGACAUAAUGGACAGAGCUAACAGGAGUGACCCAGUGUGCCCAGCCUCACCAGGCCUCUUCCUUUUUAAACAUGAAUCUACCAGAUUUCUAUUUUAUAAUUUCCCAUCAGAAUUAACUUUACAGAAGUUACAAGACAAGAUUUAAAAUUUCCUAGGGCGAGGAUUUAUCAGGGUGCAUGUAAGACAAUGCUACCAAAAAGAUUGCCAUAAUUUCUAAUAGUAUUAUACUAAUUUAUAAAGGCUGUCUUGUUGGAGUAGGCUGACACUUUCUAAGUAACUCCUGUGCUGGUAAGUGGGAAUUCAUUCCAUGAGCAUUCAAGGGCCCACUAUACAAUUUGGAGUAAAUAAGGGGAUGUUCUCACCAUCCCUUGGAGGCUUGCAUCUCUCUCUCCUGUCGCUGCCUGUAUUAUGGGGGUAUUUGCUGAAGUCUGUAGCCAAAAGACAAAGGAAGUAUUGGUGGCCCAGGAAGUGAAAGUGUCCCAGGAUUAGUCUUCUGCAUAUUUCAUUGACAACAUGUUAUUUGCUCAGGGGAAAGGCUGAACUCAUCUGAUAAAAUUACAGCAGUGGCACAGCUGUAUGUGGAAGGUGAUCAAGCAGAACAGCAUAUGUGUCACACUCAAAAGUUGAAACUUUCAGUGGGACUAGCGGUGUGUAGGAGGGAGGCUGGAACUGGAGCUUACCAAGAGCCUUUUAAUGCUGGAUCCAAGAGUUAUGGGCAAGAACCAGCUGAAAGAACAGAAUCUCAUGAGCAGAAGCGGUGGAAAAAAAUUUCAGAUGAAAGUAAAACGAAGUUAUAUGUUUCCUUUUCUCACGUGUAAGCUUAUCAGCAGAUAGACAGAGCCUUGUUAACUAUUUACCUUUGCAUAAGAGAUGAUUUUUUUUUUAACUUUUUUUUUUUUUAUCAAGCCAGAGUUACAGUACAGUAAGACCGGAAUGGCAUGGCAACUGGAUGAUAAUAUAAGGUGGUCCAUUUCUGCCUUCAGUAUCUAGUUGCAGACACAGUAAGAGUUCCAGCUUUCUUGGAUAUUGCUGUCCUUUCCAAAGAAGUCAAGCACAUCACAGAGAGCGCUCUGCGUAAGUGUAAUAGAAAUAGGUGCUAGGUCUCUUCAAAUGUAAGGAAAAUGAGGAAGAGUAAAAUUAAGCUUUUUUCACGGAACAAUUGAGUUUAUUUGGAUAUAUGCAGAAGCAGUCCUGUCCUUAGAUUGACAUUAGAUUGUAUCAAUACUGCAUCUUCUAGAUUAAGAUUCUUAUAGCUUUGCAAUUAUUUGCAGUGGAAAAGAUCAGGGGAAUAAAAGAAUAGGCACACUGAUUUCUUUUCAUGCAUGUAUGUACACUAUUUUCCUGAACGAUUUUGAAGCGGUUAUAUAUAGGAAGGAACACAAGAAAGACGUCGGACAAACCCCAAAACAUUGCUGAUGCUCCAUAAAUGGGGAUUGCACGUUCCAGAUGCUGCUGAAAAAGCAUCUAUGCAAAUGUACAGCCCUUUGUCCAGUGCUUUGUUGGGAGAAGUAUUGCUCCAAGUUCAGUCCUGCAUCUCAAACUUCCUGCACUGGAAACUUCCUGCGUACCUAAAGGAGAUGUCUUUCCUCUGCUGGGCUCUUUCUCCCAGAAUAAUCGAGUUUGAUAAGUUUCUCAUGCUGUUACUCAGCCUGGACUAUAAUGGCUCAUAUUUUUGAGGGGAUGGAAUGGAGGAAGAUUGCAGUUUAGUCACUCUGUCAAAUACUCUGUUGCCCUGCACCUUGUGGAGCCACUACACAAGUGGAAAUAGGGUACUGUCAGUCCAUUUUGCAGUUUUGUGUGUACCUGCUCUCAGUGCACAGCAGUGGCCCUUGCAGCCCAAAUUUAUUUUUUUUCCCCUUGUCAUUCUCUGCUUGUGCCAUCAACUUCUCCUUAAGCAUUUCAUUUGAUGGACUGGACUUGGAGACAACUGCAGCAGUUAGUACAGAUAGGUUUAUACAAAAAGCUUUCAGUCUUUCCCCAUCAAAAUGUCCUGUUUGCAGAAAGCAUUCUGUAAUAAAAUCAUUUAUGAAUGCCUUCUGGUGCUCCUGCAGGAAGGAUUGGUGUUUGUUUUCCUGUUUAGUAUGUGUAUCCUCUCCAGUCUUUUCCCAUACCUGUUCUGUGAAGAGUAACCAGUCUCUCGUCUUAAUACACACUGUGACUGUGCCACAAAAUGCUGUAGCAUGUUAGAGACCUUGGAGCUUCCUUAGUUGAACAGGUAUACUCAAGCUGAUACAGUGCAGCCCAACACCUAGGUGUGUUAGUUUGGUACCUGCAAGCAGCACAGCUGUGGCUGCCUGUCUUUCAGCAAACUAUCCCUUCAGGUGCACCUGCCUGCGGUGGAAGCACUGGUGCCACGGUUUCUGCCCCACACUUUUGUACAAUGCUGAUAUCCCCUGUACCUCCACCACUUUCGAGGUCCUGAGCCUGGUUUCUGCUUGGCUGCCUACUUCAGGACUUUUUGUAUCUUCUCAGGAGGCAGGAAAGAAAUGCAUUUUGCAAUCUGCCUCCUCCCCUCCUGAGCAGCCCCUUUGCAGAGAGAAUGCUGCUACUUUAAGGUCACUGGGUAAAAUUUUGCUCAGCCAUAUACUGUUUGCAAUAGCCAAGGAGCUCCUGGAGGGUGUCCUGGGCUGGGGGCCUACUCUGUGUUUUGUGGCGAAAGAACUGUAGGAGGGAAUCCCAUUUGCUUGGUCUUACUGGGUAACAAAGACCCCCAUAGGCCUCUUAGGAAACCCAUUUUCUCCAAAGAUGUUACGUGUAAAUUGCAGGACUGUGCCCCCAGUGUUCCACCCAGCCAUACCUACUCGUAGGAAUAUAAACUAGACGGAGGAGCGUAUGUAAGUGUAUAUAGGUGACGAACUUCAGCCAGCUGAUUGACAGAGGGGCAGGGAAACUGAACUCCUGAAAGAAAACAGAACCCUUUUGCCCACGCUUACUAUCUUAUCUUGUAUUGCUGGGGUUCCCCCGUGCCAUUUUAAAAGUGUUAAUAACGUCUUUAGGCAGAAAGUGAUGUUUUGAUUUAUUUGUGUUUUUUUUCUAUUGCAAUAAAAUGAAAUACAGCAAGU